UGGCCCAUGAGAAGAUAUUUGCUGGAAUUCCCAUGUCCAAGACUUGUUUAGGGAUGUAUGCACACACACUACCACACCAACUCUAAGGCUGACCCCAACAGUCAUCCUCUCCGCAGUGUAUGAGAGACAUGUGUAAAGAGGAGGACUACGUGUUCCUAAAUGGUCAGACAAAGCCGGACAAGACUACAGGAUACAGUAUGUUUCAGGACAGUGAGUGGCAGCAACAGCGAGAGGAAAGGCUCCGUCGGAGGUUGGAGAGAGAGCAGCAGGAGCAGGAGAGGCAGCGGGAGCUGGAGGAACAGCAGAAGAAGAAGGAGGAAGAAUGGAAGUUUCAUGUGUCGAAACUAGCAUCUGAACGUGAGUCACUCCGUGAGAGAUUACACAGGCUACGUGAAUUUAGGGACUUUCAGAAAAGAGUGUUGGUGCAAGACUUGGGCCUGGAUCCAGAUAAACCCAAUGAGAAGCUCACGCAGCUUCUUAUGAGACUGUAAUGAUGGUUAUAUGAAGGUGUUAUAUGAAUGAUGGAUAUAUGUGGGUGUAAAAUUGGCUGGAGAAAAAGUGAUGUUACAGUAUGAUAUUUCAGAUUUAGCAUGUUAAAGAUUUAGCAUGUUAAAAAAACUAUUUGGCUGCUGCAAUAUUUUGAUUUUACUGAACUUAAAAUAAUAAGUUGACAGAAUACAACUUGCUAAUUAUUGUUCUGUUAACUCUAUUAAAAGUUCAACAAACAAUAGAUUAAGGCAGUCAAGUUGCUUACUUUAAGUUAAAGCUACACUAUGUAAGAUUUGGGGAUUUGGAGACCUCUCUGGUGGAAAUGUGUAACUGCACACAACAUGCUGAAAGAACAUCAGCUGUGUUUUGGACCUUGUUUAUGGUCGUUUAUGUUUGCAUCUCUUGAUUUAGUUUGAGGUCUGUAAACAUAAUGUACACCUACAGAUGCUACCACUUUUUCUUUUCCAAUGUCAAUACUGAAGGCUUGAGUAUCUGCCGAUCCCGAUCAGAUAUUUCUUCUUUAAAACUAUGCUUUAACCCCUUAACAAUUCAGCCUUAUUACAUACAACGACUUCAGUAGCUACAAGGACUUCAAUGCAAA